AUGCAAUCGAGAUGGCACGGUGUUGCUCCACCUCAGACUGUCACGUUCAGCGAUGCCUUGGCAAACGCAACGCUCGGGCCGGCUCUUCUCUGCCACUACUCGCCAUCAACGCUUCUACACCUAUCACUCACCUGCUCGAAUCUCAGGGAAUUGCAGCAGAGCACUCUCGGCAGGCAUGCGCUCGCCAUCGCGCUGCCGCACACCAUGUACUACGAGCGCAAGGAGCUGAUCCAGUCGCUCGACCUGCUGUGCUUUGUGCUCUUCGUCUACACCUGGCUCCUGGACAACCGCACGCUACUGCUGCUCAUCAAAUCGGCGCUGCAGGUGCAGUUCUGCAAUCCGCUGCAGCUGCAUCCGACGUGGUCGCUGCCCUUCUUUGUCGUCUUUCUCGCGUGUCUCAACGCCCUCCUCGCACUCGCGCAUCUCUGGGCGCCCGCAAGCGCGACCAACAGGGGCGAUGCGAUCCUCAUCGACUUUGUAGGCCAGGAUGCGGCACCGGGACGGCUACACAUGCUGGGCAUCGAUCUGUCUGUUGCCUUAGUGCAGCUGCUCAUGACGAUUGUUGCGUUCGAGUGCGCAAAAGACCAGGCCAAGCAGGAUGGAGAGCAGAGUCAACUCGAUGACACCACCGAACGCGAGGGCGAGGAGCGUGGACAGGGGUGGGACGUGCGCGACGAAGAGGCGGCGCUGUUUGGACUCGAUACCGACGAUGAAGCGAGGCGCGAAAGGACGAGUCUGACACACUGCAUUGCGGUCGUGCGCUUGCGGCCCAUCGUCGACGACAUUGUCAAGCGGCAGUUCCUGCCAGACGCGCCGCCCGCAGAGGCUCAGGAAGAGCCACAGCCCCAACAGCCACCGGUUGAGACCGGCGAUCGACCGGACACGAGUCGCAUACGACGCUUUUCGCGGCGUCCACGCGCAGCGCCAGCAGCUGCCGACGCCGGUGCGCCGCCAGCGUACGCGGGGCUGGGCCCUGUAUCCGCCGACGACUCUUGGCCACCCAUGUGGCUGAUCCUUGCGCGCAACAUGGGCGCACGCCUCCCCUCGCUUCCAUCUCUUCCCUCUCUUCGCCCCUCAGUCAUGAGCCGCUUUGGCCGGUCUCUCACCGCCAACCCGCCUGCAGAGUACACACGUGUCAAUACCGAGCCACCCGAACGAUAA